AUGAAGAAAACGUCUGAUGGUUUAUUUUGCUGACAGAGAGACAGAGUCUGACUCCUCUCAUUGCUCUGAAGCUGUAUCACGUACGUGUAGAAGGAACUUCAGCAAAAAGCGAAAUGCAGCCUGUCUGGAAUUAGCGGCAAUACUGAGGAUGAAAUGCUGCAGAAGUUAUUGUCUUCAUAAGAUAUUUGAAGAAUAGAUGCAAGCAAGGCCCGCAGAAGAUUUCAGAACAAUACUCUAGCAGAUCAGAGGCUAUGGAUUUUGCAGUACCUUAUUGAACAUCACAACUUUGUAAACAUGGGUGGAGACUCAUCCUUGGGAUUACUAGGACCCGCUUAUGGAAGAUGGAGUCAGGAUUAGCAGAAGGAUUGGUGACAUCUCGUCCAUCAAAUCACCAUCAUAAAGGACUUUUUUGUCUGUGAUGACGUCAAUGGUGUGGCUUAGUAAAUUUGUCGAUAAGUUUGGAGAGAAACUGCCAACCAACAACAAAAUCCAUCUUCCAUCAUGCCUUACACGUGGAAAUGUGUAUUGGAUUAUGAAGGAGGAAGUAGAAGAGCAAGGAGGUUCUGUUUGUAGUCAGCAAUACUUCUUCCGCAAAUGGAGACAUGAAAUGUCUCAUGUUACCAUUCCAAAGGUGAACCGGUUUUCGAAAUGGGACAUAUGCACCAAACUGAAACCUUGCCUAGAGAAGACAACUGGCAGAGAAGAGAGACAAACUUUACUGCAAGAAAGAGAGUCACACCUUUUCCAGCAAAAGUAAAGGUAGGAUUUUUAAUGAAGGGCCACGCACACGAGGACAUUGACCAGCUAUUCACCCGGGUUUCAACAUGCAUAACAACGGCAAAACAUACCAACACUUUCAUCUCUGCUUCAUCAUAUCCCACUCUCUUAUCGAAAACCAAAUACCACAUCGGAAAGACUCAACGCCGUCAACAAUGUGAGAGACUGGCUCAAACCUUGCCUGAACAAGAUGUCACUGCACAGCUUUCCACAUCAAUUUAGAAUCACAAAACACAAUGGAAAAGCUGUGAACAUUACACACCAAGAAGUGGAGCAACAGCAGUGAAUGGCAGGCUACAACUGGAUGGGAUAACAUCAUCACACAUCACCCUCCAGGCCAACCAUCCAUUGUCCCUAAAGUACAUGAUGCUAUUACACUUACCAACCUCCAACGGGAUAUGCCAAAGUAUGCCCCUACUUUAGUAUUGAAGAAAGACAGGAAUGGGAGAAUCUGCUAGCUAGCAUGGAGGAAGGUGGAAUAGAAGACUCUGGUAAAUGGCCACUGGUGGAUAUAUUGAUGGAUAAAGAGUAUCAGAAUACACCACAAAGACAUCUUGAUCCAACUUCGGAAUUCUCAAAUGAUGUACAGUAACCUAUUCAAGCGGUCCAUCUAGGAACUAAGCAGAAAAGGCCUCAACAGAAGAGUUCAGUAAUGAGUGGCCGCGAGUGAGCAAAGUGUUGGAAAUGACUUGAGACAGUGUGAAGCUGCAUUGGUACUCAGGAUCAGAAACGUCCACGUGGAUAUCACCUACCACAUCAGUUCAAGGACAGGUCAGCUGUACACAGGAGAAGUCUCUCUUCAAGAAGUCAUUUCUUUCCCCUACAGUCUCACUAAAACAAACAAAUUACCAUAGGAUAUCCAGUGUCACUUGAAGGAAAAACGUGAAGAAUACUUUGCAUAUUAGGUCUGUAUGAACAUACACUGUAUUCAUACCAAUUUGGAAUGAGUUUGUUUGUCCAGGAAUCAAAAGCUGUAUGUCUAUAUGGAAGCCACUUGAAUUAUGUAUUUUUGUGAUAUUACAAUGUACCUAUAUGUUUCCACAUUGGAUAUGGUGCCCGGGGGGGCCACUUACAUUGACGAGUGGAUACCAUGCGCGACCAAAAAAUUAUGUAAAAAGGAUGUCUUAUUCAAGAUUGGGCACGUUACGUACGUAACAAGGGUGUCAAAAACACAAAAAUAAUGGAAAAAGGGUAUCUAUUUCGCUAGGAAAGUUACGUGUUUAGGGUCAAAUUUGCGGGAAUGAUGAAACAAAAUUAAAAUGUUUUAUAAAGGAUGUCCUCUUUGCCCCAACACUACGUGUUUAGAGUCCGAUUUGCGCGAGGUGUGGAAGGUGGGGCCGUGCACCAAAUGGUGUGUAAAGGUAAAACCGACGACCGACGGACCCGUGACAUAACAUAUAGCUGUACUUGUUUAGGGGUUCAUUUCAGGGAAUACUUGCCAAGAGUGUUGAUUUGUUACCAAUACUUGUUAAGGGUAGGGUUUCAGACGCCAAUACUUGUUAAGGGGUGCAUUUUCGGAAUAUGGAAAAUACUUGUUUAGGGUGCUUUUCGAGACCCCAUGGUCGCGCAUGGUAUCCACUCGUCAAUGGAAGUGGCCCCCCUGGGAUAUGGUGAUAAUUUCCAGGGUUUAUCUUCACAUAAUUUUGAUCACCUACAUGUAUCUACAUUUAGAAGAGAUAAAUGCACAAUGAUUGAUAGAGAGUUGGUACCUGAAGUAGGUAAUGAAUUGAGUUCCACUGCCAAUGGAAAGUUUACCCUCUCAGUGCUCAAGAGGUAAGCUCCUUACCAUGGAACUCAUUAUGCAACAUUUGCGUAUACUGAACAGGCACAAAUAACGAUUUUCUGUAAUGGCACAUGUCAGUUGUCUCUCAAACAACAAUUUUAAGUCAGACUAUGUGAGAAAGAAAUUAUACAUCAACUGGAACCAUCUGAAGACCUUUCAUUGAUUGCAUAGUGCAAUAUAGUUGAAUGAGUUUUAUUGUCUUGCCUGCCUAGCUGAGUGAGACAAUAGGGGUCACUUUUCCGACAGCGGCAGUGUCGUCAACAUUGAAAUCUUAACCAAGUGGUAAUUCCAUAAAAUAUGUAGUCCGAUGUGGGACUUUCAUGAAAUUUUCUGUCUCUGAUUUCUGGUUCUCUUGACAGUCUGUAAUGUUCUAUAACGUCCAUGAUUCGGUCAGUUUAUGAAGUUGAAGUAAGAAUUUAGAAAAAUGGGGGUCGGAUGUACAAAAAGGCUUAUCAUUUUAUGGAAUUUCCCCAAGGUUAAGUUUUUGUCUCGCCUGCAUAGCAGAGUGAGACUAUAGGCGCCGCUUUUUCGACGGUGGGCGUCGUCAACAUUGAAAUCUUAACCAAGGUUAAGUUUUUCAAAUGUCAUCAUAACUUAGAAAGUAUAUGGGCCUAGUUCAUGAAACUUGAACAAGGGUAAUCAAGUAUGACUAAACAUCCUGCUUGAGUUUCAGGUCACAUGACCAAGGUCAAAGGUCAUUUAGGGUCAAUGAACUUAUACCAUGUUGGGGGAAUCAAUAUCGAAAUUUUAACCAAGGUCCAGUUUUUGUCUCACCUGCAUAGCAGAGUGAGACUAUAGGCGCCGCUUUUCCGACGGCGACGGCGGCGGCGUCAACACCAAAUCUUAACCUGAGGUUAAGUUUUUGAAAUGACAGCAUAACUUAGAAAGUAUAUGGACCUAGUUCAUGAAACUUGGCCAUAAGGUUAAUCAAGUAUUACUGAACAUCCUGCCUGAGUUUCAUGUCACAUGACCAAGGUCAAAGGUCAUUUAGGGUCAAUGAACUUAGACCAUGUUGGGGGAAUCAACAUCAAAAUCUUAACCUAAGGUUAAGUUUUUGAAAUGUCAUCAUAACUUAGAAAAUAUAUGGACCUAGUUCAUGAAACUUAUACAUAAGGUUAAUCAAGUAUCACUGAACAUCCUGCAUGAGUUUCACAUCACAUGACCAAGGUCAAAGGUCAUUUAGGGUCAAUGAACUUUGGCCGAAUUGGGAGUAUCUGUUGAAUUACCAUCAUAACUUUGAAAGUUAAUGGAUCUGAUUCAUGAAACUUGGACAUAAUAGUAAUCAAGUAUUACUGAACAUCCUGUGCAAGUUUCAGGUCACAUGAUCAAGGUCAAAGGUCAUUUAGGGUCAAUGAACUUUGGCCAAAUUGGGGUAUUUGUUGAAUUACAGCCAUAAAUUUGAAAGUGUGUUGGUCUAGUUCAUAAAACUUGGACAUAAUAGUAAUCAAGUAUCACUGAACAUCCUGUGCGAGUUUCAGGUCACAUGAUCAAGGUCAAAGGUCAUGUAAGGUCAAAGAACUUUGGCCACGUUGGGGGUAUUUGUUGAAUUGCCAUCAUAUCUCUAUAAGUGUAUUGGUCUAGUUCAUAAAACGUGGAAAUAAGAGUAACCAAGUAUCACUGAACAUCUUGUGCGAGUUAUAGUAGUUUUCAAAAUAAGCACUGCUGCUAUAUUGAAUCGCGUGAUGCAGGUGAGACGGCCAGAGGCAUUCCACUUGUUUGAAAUGUUGUCAUAACUUUGAAAGUAUAUGGACCUAGUUCAUAAAACUUAGACAUAAGGGUAAUAGUGUAUCACUAAAGAUCCUGCUUGAGUUUCAGGUCACAUGAUUAAGGUCAAAGGUCACUUAGGGUCAAACUAUGGCCAUGUUGGGGUUAUUUGAGGAAUUAUCAUCAUAACUUUAAAACUUUAUGGAUCUAGUUCAUGAAACUUGGACAUAAGAGCAACCAUGUGUCCCUGAAUAUCAUGUGUGAGUUUAGGUCACAUGACUAAUGUCAAAGGUCACUUAGGGUCAACGAACUUUGGCCAUAUUGGGGGUAUAGGAGGAAUUGUCAACAUCCUAAGAAUACUGGGGGGGGGCUGAAUCAAUUCAGCCCCCCCCCAGUAUUCUUAGGAUGAUGACAAUUCCUCCUAUACCUCGACAUUUUUCACGAUAAAUCCGCCGCUCGAAAUUUUUUGACCACGUCGUUCACUGACUUUUUACUUUCAAGUCUCGCGCAAUUUUUGAGACCAAAAUUGUGACCCCCGGGUACGCGGUUCGGAAAUUACGCAACAUUUCAUAAGUGCAUGCAGACCCAAAAUUACUCAAAAACGUGAAUUUGUGUGCAAAUCCAAUGCAAAUAAUGUUUUUAGCCAAAAUUCAUAAAAUGUAUCAUUAUUUUGCCUUUUACUGCUUAAAAUCAAUUAAUUUUAUCUUGCUUAUGGUCAAAAUAAAGUCCUCGACAAUUUCCAUUGAAAAAACAAUAGAAAACAAAAAGUCAAAAAACAAGGAAAUACAUAAGAAAUUUAGAAAACAAUAGAAUACAUAAGAAAAUAAAUGUGAUGUUGAAAUU